AUGAGUAUUAUGAUGACAACAUUAAUCAAGCAUCACCCAAAACUGAGAGAUUGUUUUCAGGACAUAUACCCAAAACACCUGAAGCAUAAAUACACCCAGUUUGCAGGACUUAAAACAACACAGUACCCUCUAGGACUCAUCGAUUGUAAUGAGAACAAAACACAAGAAAUGAUUCAUCUAAUGAAAACCAUGUCAAACUCAUUUUUUUCAAAGAGAGAUGGAGAUAUAGUAGAACCAAUGUUUUUCGGAGGUGACAGGCUCACAGAUGAAAGGGUUAAUGGUGCCCAGUAUGCAAUGAAAAAUGGAGAUUCGCCUACAGAGAGAUUGGAGGGUUUCAUCUCUAAGAUUGAAGACUUCCACCGUCUUAUGAACUUUAUAGAGGCUAUCCACAAACUGACAUGAGACACAGGAAGUGGACGUGAUCCUUGCACUAUGUAUUACUACAGAAACCUUUUGAAUGUGAGAAGUGUAAAAGGACACGUGAAGAAUUCUUAUAGACCUUAUAAGCAACUUUAUUACACUGUCCUCGAUGCUUUGUGCAUUGUGCAUUUUUAAAGACAUUUUCAUCUUGAAGAUCUGGAUUCAGAAAUCCCAUUUCAAGACAAUAUUAUGCAAAUGAGCAGUGAAGAAAAGAUUAACUGGUUGAAUGAAAACUGCAGUACAAUUCUCUAAGAGAUGAAUUCUUUGAAAAUGAAGAUGACAUUUUCUCUUCCUUGAGGGAAGUACUACAAAAUCCUGAUCAUGAUGAAAACUAUUGGGUGUCAUGUCGUCAGAAUGAGAGAUUUCAUUGUCAUUUUUAUGACAGAAGUUAUGCUUGCAUAGGAUCUCUAAGGCCAACAUUUUUUAAUAAAAUGAUUUACGGGAGUGCCGACUGCAAUUUAUCUAAAACCAAAUAAAAAUAA